UCACCUGGUGUUUGAGUACGAGAACAGUUUCUGAUCGUACUGAGUAACACUGACAGUGAAGAUAGACCAUUGACGUAUUGAAGUUGAAGGCGAAAAAGGACGAUAGUAGGCAUCCAGGAUGACCACCAAAGGAAGCCCUAUGGGCAGUCUGAUCUUCAAAUGGGAUCCGAAGAAUCUGGAGAUCAGAACCUACUCAGUAGAGAAGACUUUGGAGCCACUGGUCAUGCAGGUGACGACCCUGGUUAAGACCCAGCCGUCAAACAGAAAGAAAGGCCACUCAAAGAAGGCUCAUGUCUUGGUAGCAGCUGUCGCAAAGGCAACAGAGGCCUUCAUCCUCAAGGGAGAGGAGAUUGCCAAUGAGAUACCAGAGAUCCGUGAACAGAUGCUGGAGACGGUGGCUGAUGUCCGUGAAAAAGGUGAUAUCAUGCAUAAGGCCUCAUCUGAGUUUGCCGAUGACCCAUGCUCCUCCAUGAAGCGGGGAGCAAUGACCCGUGCCGCUCGUAACCUCCUGUCGGCAGUGACCAGGCUCCUCAUCAUGGCCGACAUGGUGGAUGUCCACUUGCUGCUCAAGUCCCUGAAAGUUGUUGAAGGCGAUCUGGCCAAGAUCAUGAAAUCUAACAACCCACAGGACCUAGCCUCCAGCUUCAAGACCUUCGGCAAGGACAUGAUGGAGUUCAACAAGCUACUUGCCAGACGACAGAACGACUUGAAGGACCCACGCCAGAGGGACGAGAUGGCAGCGGCCAGAGCCGACCUGAAGAAACACAGCACCAUGCUCCUCACAGCCUCCCAGGCUUAUCUUCGUCAUCCUGACAUCCCAGCUGCUCGCGAGAACCGCGAUUUUGUUGUCAAGCAGCUAGAGGGUGCUAUGAACACUAUCUCCAAUGUAUCUCAAGCCCGCUCAGACCAGCCACUUCACGCCGACAUUGAAGGAACUGGUGAGCUGAUCGCCGCCUUGGAUGACCUUGACCGUAAGAUCAAGAUGAGCCCCUCUGAGUAUAAUGAGGUGCGGACUCGCCCGUCUCUUGAGGAGCAACUUGAGAGCAUCAUCAGUGGAGCUGCUCUUAUGGCUGACUCAUCCUGUACCCGAGACAACCACCGGGAGAGGAUUGUAGCCGAGUGUAAUGCUGUCAGACAGGCACUACAAGACUUGCUGUCAGAGUACAUGGACUGUGCUGGUCGCAAAGAUCGUAGUGACCCUCUAGAUCAAGCCAUCGAUCACAUGUGUAGCAAGACCAAGGACCUACGCAGACAGUUGCGGAAGGCAGUUGGCGACCAUGUCUCUGACACCUUCUUGGAGACCAACAUGCCCCUGUUGGUACUCAUCGAGUCGGCUAAGAGCGGCAACGAGAGGGAGACUGAACACUACGCUGGCGUCUUCAGAGAGCACGCUCAGAAACUGGUGGAGGUUGCUCACCUGGCCUGUUCCAUGUCUAACAACGAAGAAGGUGUCAAGAUGGUACGGAUGGCGGUGGCACAGAUUGAGACCCUCUGCCCGCAGGUGAUUAAUGCUGCUCGCACGUUGGCAGCUCGUCCACGAAGUCAGGUUGCCUUAGAGAACAUGGAUGUCUUCAAGGAUCAGUGGGAGACACAGGUCAAGUUGUUGACUGAGGCUGUGGAUGACAUUACAACUAUUGAUGACUUCUUGGCCGUGUCAGAGGGUCACAUCCUGGAGGAUGUCAACAAAGCCGUCAUGGCCUUACAGAUGGCUGACGUGGACAGUCUGGAUCGUACAGGUGGGGCAAUCAGAGGGCGUGCUGCUCGCAUCUGUGCCGUGGUCGACGCUGAAAUGCAGAACUAUGAACCGGGCCUGUACACUGAUAAGGUCAAGGAGGUUAUUAUUGUGCUGCAGGAUCAAGUUAUGCCUCACUUUACGGCUCGAGUUGAGGGUGCAGUGUCUGCCCUUAACUCAAAUAAUCCUCAAGAUGUUGAUGAGAACGAGUUCAUUGACGCCUCCCGAAUGGUGUAUGACGGCGUCAGAGAUGUGAGAAGAGCAGUGCUAAUGAACAGGUCUCUGGAGGAAUUGGAGACAGACACAGAAUAUGAAGAAGAAGAAUAUGAUGCCAAGAGCAAAUCGAGCUACAAGACUGAGAUGACGGAAGAAGACAUCGAUGUAGCUGAGGGGGUCACAUCUAGGGCCAUGAUGCGCGAGCUCCCGGAGGUGGAGAAGCAGAAGAUCAUUGAGCAGGUGGAGCUGUUCCGCAUAGAGAAGGAGAAGCUGGACAUGGAGAUGGCCAAGUGGGACGACACGGGCAACGACAUCAUCAUCCUAGCCAAGCAGAUGUGCAUGAUCAUGAUGGAGAUGACUGACUUCACUCGUGGACGUGGACCACUCAAGACUACUAUGCAUGUCAUCAACGCAGCCAAGAAGAUUGCUGAAGCUGGUUCCAAGCUGGACAAGUUGGCCAGAACUAUUGCUGAUAUGUGCCCUGACUCGUCCUCCAAGAGUGACCUGCUUGCCUACCUGCAGCGCAUCGCCCUCUAUUGUCAUCAGCUGAACAUCACCAGUAAGGUCAAGGCUGAGGUGCAGAACAUCAGUGGCGAAUUGGUGCUCUCUGGGUUGGACAGCGCUACAUCCCUGAUCCAAGCAGCAAAGAAUCUCAUGGGAUCUGUGGUACUGACAGUCAAGGCGUCUUAUGUAGCCUCCACCAAAUACUCACGACUGAUGAAGAAUACUGACGCUGUCAAUUCUCCGGUUGUCUCUUGGAAGAUGAAGCCACCAGAGAAGAAGCCCCUGGUGCGUCGCGAGAUCCCGGAGGAAACCCAGGUCAAAGUUCGCAAGGGCCAGAAAAAGCAACACAUCAACCCUGUACAGGAGCUCAGCAUCUUCAAGGAGAAGGACACCUUCUAAAAAUCACCAAGGUGACGCAACACAGAUACCAGGAUGUGAACACACACUAAUGUAAUGAAUCGUGAAUUUAAUUGUUCAGGGCGUAUCAGACAGCAUCAAGAAGAAAAGCAAAUUUUUCAGUAAUAAAUUUCACAACUGAGACAGCAAAAGAAAAAAGUUAGCUAUGAUAUGAAAAAUGCAUAAGUAAUUAAGGAAGAAGGUAACAAAAUUCAUUAUGCAAAUAUUAUGCAAAUAUGGUUGCACUGACUAAAUGCAUAUGAAGAAAAUGACUGUAAACUUAUGGAAGCUAGUUCAAAGUGUAAGCUGAAAUGUUUUAGGGUUAUUGUUUAAGCAGACGCAUAACUCACAAAGUGUGCUGGAUUUGUUAAAAUAGGAGUGAAGGGUUCCAAAAUCUCAUUGUUAAUCAUUUGACAAAACAUCCUUGCAGUUUCUGCGGCUGAACUAUGAGAAAGAACUUAAUGAUCAGAAAGUUUUGACAUGCCAACAUCAGUUCCUAGAAUUAUGAAAUAAGUAGAAUUUUUCUUGAAAUGCAUCAAGUAGUAAAAUUGAUGGUUUCUCUGGUGUUAAUAAGUGCAGCUUUCUUUUUGUAGGACAUUUAUUCCUAGGUACCAAAACCAUAGCCGAAGCAUUUAUAUUUAUGCAUUGUAAAAACGUUUUGUUUCCAAAAACAAAAGAAGGCAAGAAAUAAACUUAUUACACCAGCCUACCUUGUAAAGUAAAUUAGAGAAUAAUUUGGAGGCUCCAUAAAAGUUUAAUCACCAGUUGAAAUCAAAGAUUUUUUAACCAGUUAAGUAUGCUUGUUGCCUUUUCAACUUGAGAGUUUUAGUUUCACACGAGCUUUUUGUCACAUUUAGUGCAAAGCAAUCGGUAGUGAAGUUUUUUAAGAGGGAAUGGCACAACAAAAAGUUGCUCGCUUCGAGGUUUAACUAUCAAAAUAGGAAUAAUGUAAAAUUUGAUAACAGCGUAUAAUAAGUGGCUGGCAUAGAAAGGAAUAUUUACAGCGCUCCUUUAAAAGAACAGUACAUGUACCGGGAAAAAUAAGAUUUUUUGUAUAUAGAGAGAAAUUUUCAAGCUUUGCGAAGGGUGAAUAGUUUCAUUAUGGAACGCAAAAAACGUAGAAUGUUUUUUAGUGUACAUACCAAAAUUGCAUUUUUAAAGUACUCUUUGGAAAAGACUGAGUUGAGACAAGGAAAGCAGGUGGUUGUAAUUUGCAUUGUAUUCUUAAGUUUGUUUAUUCAUUUUGGCUAAAUCUGUUUUCAAGCUUGUUUCAUAAAGUAAAUUUGUCAUAUUCUAGUUAGCAUUUUAUCUGUUUUCAGAUUUUAAGGGACUGCUGCACAAUCAGACACUUGAAGAGUUAAUUUAAAUUUUGCAAAAUAGCUCUUUGCAGUUAAUCCUAAUUUUCUGAAAGUUCUGAGCACAAAUCUUUACCACAAUGCCAUUUUUUUCCUGAAGAUUCUACAUUACAGUACAUGCAGUCUUGUCUAUCGAUUUUAAAUAGCUUGUUUUUAAAGGCACAUUUUCAAAGAAUAUAGAGUUCUGUUAACUUUAAGGUUGUUAUUGCUAUUUAAUUAGUGAACCAGUUUGUGUUCAAACUUGCUUUCCCAAAAGUACUCCUAAGCAGUACUAGCUUGUGACCUGCGCGCCUAGAAAAUGGAGUUAAACCCCAUUCCAUGCCAAAGAAAGUGUACUCUUUUAUUCGUUUGGGGAGCCUGUUAUAAAUAAAGUUAUUGCUAGUUAAAUUCACUCUCUGUGCCUUCUUAUACUAGAAUGCAGUAAAGGCAAGUUCUGGUUUAAAGAAUGUUGAUCAGAUAGAGUCAUUUAGUCAUGAUAAAGUUGAGCACGUGUAGGUACGUGCCAUCAGAGCUCACCUGCCAGCUAAAAUGAAAGCCCACAUGAAAUCAAUGAAGUAACCAACCUUUUUUACUGGAAAUGAGAAAUGGUGUUGGACGAGUAAAAAGUACUGUGAACUUUUGAUGGAGUUAAAGGAGAUGACUCAACUGAAUUCGAACCUAAACUACUUUCUUUGAAGUUAAUUACAAACUGUAUGAAGAGCUGAUCAGUGGACAUUUGAGUACUUGUGUAAAACAAUUCACCAACACAGAGUAUCACACAUCGAUUUAAGAACUGGUUCUGUGCCCCUUUUAUUGAGUGUAGUACGUUUGUAGAAUGCCAAAGAAACUGCAGAUUUGUCACAUUUCAAAAUAAAGUUCAGCGUAUCGCUUGAAAGCACUGUG